AUGCCGCCGCCCGCUUCGGGACGGCUGCUUCCAUCCCAACCGACUGAAAACCGUUACGACAGAUCCAUGCGCGCGCGCUUCCGUCUCGACAUCGCGCCGCGAUCGAUGCGGACGACAGUGGGUGAUAGAAGCUCGGCGCGCGCGCCAAAUGCGACUCGAACGCUCGCCGAACGCGUCUGUCGACCCGCGCACUCGUCAGCACCAACGAAAACGACUUCUCGACGCUCUUGCUCGAGUGUGCGCUCUAGGUCGCUCGGCACGAUCGUGGGAAACAUCGUGAUCGGUGGCAUCGUCAUUGCCGGCUACAUGAGUUCGGGUGAGACCUACCUGCAGCGACGACGAGAAGGCUGGUUGACGCCGGAGGAGGGCGGCGACGAGGACGGCGAGGACGCGGAUGACGUCGCGCUGCGAUGGAACGUGGCGAGCAUUGUCGCGUGUAUUCCGCUCUUGGCACCGCUCGCGUGGAUACUACCAGAGAUAUCCGUCGGGUCGUGGGAUGGAGAUGAGCGUCGAGGAGCGAUUGAGAAGAACGACGCGUACGCAUUUGCGGUGGCGUACUGGGUCGCGUUUGGGUUGCACAACUUUGAUAUCACGGACCCCUUUAUCUGGGGAACGACGUUGCUCUGCGCCGCGCACAUCCAGCUAGAGAAGACGAAUACUUUACUCGUCAAUCCAUACGGUCCAGCGGGGGCGCGGUCGCCAGAUGACGAAGACGCCCUAUCCGCGAUUUCCAAGAAGUUAGAAGCCGUGACCAAGUCCACAGCGGGAAAAGCCGAACCGGCGAAGAACUCCGUUGAAGCCGCGGCGAAGAUUGGACGAGCGAUUGGAAAGGCUGGUGUUGUCGCGAAAGCUCUCGGCGAGGGUAUAUCCGAGGGGAAAGUUGAAGCCGAGAUACAACGAGAGUCACUCGUGAUGUCGGAGGAGUUGACACGUCAGGCGGAGGCUCUCACGGAGGAGCUCGGAGAGUGGGACGGUCGCCUCGAAGGCUCAAAAGGGUUAACAGAAGACUGA